AUGAGAUAUUCUACUUUGAUUCAAAUUGCUUUAUCAAUCAGCAUUGUCUGUGCUCAAACUACGCUCCUCGUGACUCAAACGCAAGUGAUUGAUGACACCAUUGCUGCCCCCAUUGGAGAGGGAGGAGUGAAUACAGAUGUACAGCCACCUCCAGAAGGAAACAAUAACGGUGGUCAGGGUGGUGAUGCAACAGUGACGGUUACUGAUGAGACAAAUACAAAUGGCGAAGGUGGUCAAAAUCAAGAAACAACAACCGAUGAAGGACCUGGAGAAGAAACUGGAGAUGGAACAGUGACGGUUACUGAUGAGACUGACACUGAUCACACUGACCACACUGACCACACUGAGGAAACUGGACAAACUGAAGAAACUGAUCACACAGAACAUACAGAACACACCAGCGAAGAAGUUACUACUGAACCAACUACAAACCAUACAACUACUCAUUCACCAACUGCUAGCACAGCAAACAAGACUACCACUGCUCGCACUACGACUGAGACUGGUACUAAGACCACCACUACUGACUUUGAGGGGCAGGCUGGUGCAUUGGCUGUGGGAGCAUUGGGAUAUUUUAUUGCUGCCUUAUAUUUAUGA